AUGUCAUCAGAAACGCCCACAGAAAGUCCAGAGGUGCCAACGGAAAAUACCAUGUCCCCCGAAAUUCCUGAUGUGGAAGGAGAGGUGAAGUCAAGUGACAAUCUGGUAGAGAGACGGGAGGCAGGCUUAGACAAGGAAGAAUGCCUCGAGUCCAUGUCUAAGAGGCAAAGGAAGAAACUAUUGAAGCAGAAACAGUGGGAAGAACAGAAAGAUCUACGGAGGCAGAAACGAAAAGAGAAACGCCAGAAGAGAAAACUAGAACGUCAGUCAAAAUUGGACUCCAAUAACGGAGGGAAUGACAGAAAGCGUAUGCGAAGGGAAGUUGUUCCUAGUACGCUUCGCCUCAUUGUGGACUGCAGCUUUGAUGACCUGAUGGUGCUAAAGGAUGUUAAGAAGCUUCACAAGCAAAUUCAGAGAUGUUAUGCAGAAAACCGCAAAGCGUUUCAUCCUGUGCAGUUUUACUUGACCAGCCAUGGGGGACAGUUGAAGAGCAACAUGAAUGAAAAUGACAAAGGAUGGGUGAACUGGAAGGAUAUCCAAAUUAGAACAGAGCACUACAGUGAGCUAAUAAAGAAAGAAGACCUAGUGUAUCUUACCUCAGAUUCUCCUGACGUUCUCAGUGAGCUUGAUGAGAAGAAAGCCUAUGUGAUUGGAGGACUGGUGGACCACAAUCACCACAAGGGAGUUACUUACAGAAAAGCUGUAGAGCAAGGAAUUGGUCAUGCACAGCUCCCGCUUGGAAACUUUGUCAAGAUGAACAGUCGGAAAGUGUUAGCCGUCAAUCAUGUGUUUGAGAUCAUCCUUGCAUACCUGGAGAAGAGAAACUGGAAGGAGGCCUUUUUCAGUGUCUUGCCACAGCGGAAAGGGGCUGUUCCUUUGGGAGAAGCCAAUGACUCAUCCAAACAUGCUCCGUCUGGAAAAGAUGACAAUGACUCGGACAGCAACUAGACUUCAGAAUGAGACAAUGGGAAAGAUGAGACAUGCAGUUCAUGGGAUAAAACUGGGACGUGAAGUAGUUACACUCCAAAGACCACCUGCUGUCCUUGUGAUACUGAACUGUCUCAAUGCUUGGUAGUUCUGUAUUUGGCACAGAGCUGGUUUUGGACAUGAAGGGUAAAGAUGAAUGCAGGGUUUUUUACCCUGAAACUUCCACAUUAAUAGCUUUUUUAAAAAAUAAAUUAAUGGCAAAUGCAGAAUUAAUUUUGUUUCCC